CCUAAGCUUUCUCAUUCCUUGCUUCAUGCCUAGUCAGAUUCUGAAACGGCAAUCAUGCACAGACUGCAAGACAGGAUACUGGAACACGCGGGAGAAUUAUUACGAGCACACCAGUUUGCCGCUGAAAUCGACUGUAAUUUUUCUGUUGCAGAUCGGUAUUACCGUGUACCUGAGUCAGAUUGGGAGUUUCGUUCCUGCGGAGGAAGCGACAAUCGGACCAAUGGACGCAAUAUACGCUAUCACGUGCACUGAAACACUCGCCGCCCUCGAUCGUUCCUCUGAUUCUCUAAGUCUCAACUUGGUCUUAGUUGCUCUCAGGUUUUCAACAGAAAGGUCUCUAAUUCUCUUGGAUGAAUUUGCUCACUCUAUCGGAAAGGCAAGCGUUUGUGUAACUGAAGCAUCAGCGCUAACAACAGCAAUAAUCGAGCACUUGUUGAAAUCGAGCAAUCCCCAUGUGGUGGCUACUACGCACGACUACGAUAUGUUGAACCUCUUGAAACAUCAGGCUGACAUUAAAUUCAC